AUGUCGGAGGCUAUUGUAUUAUGGUAUUACAAAGACAAGAUGGAUGUUUCUUUAGACAAUGAUGAAAACGACCACUGGUUGCCAUAUUCUGAUAUUGAAAAUGAAAUAAUCGAAGAAGCAUAUCAGCGAAAGUCAGAUAGAGAAUCAUUUAUAGAAUUAGAUACUUACUUAAUUGACUUCAACCAAUUGGUACAAGUGAGCAAAUUAGAUAGUACUAAACAACAAACAAUUAAACGUGUUAUUGAAAGUAAGAAUGAACGCAAAUAUAUUCUUCAAGAACGAUUUUCAGAACCAUUGUCGCAAGUCUCGCCUACAUCAUACACAUUCGGGCACGAAUAUGAAUGGAGUCCAUUGAUUAUGCAAUGGAUACAGUCAAAAGUUGGUAAACAUUGUUUAUUUAAUGCGAAAAAAUGUGUAAGAAAAGCGAUUGAAGGCAUAAUGACUGAAGGACGUCUCAUUGGAAAAGAAAUUGAAGCAAGUUAUUUAGUGAGAAAAUUGGAACCUUGUAAAAAACUGCUAAUAAAAGACAUAUCGAAAAUAUGUGUUCAUCUAUUUACAAGAGCUAGUUUUCUAUAUCGUGUCGUAAACACUGCACUACGUAAUAGUGAUCUAAGUAAAAUUGAUACACUGGGUCCUUAUUGUUAUUUACUUCGAGCUUAUAUACGUUCGGCUGGUACAGAAUAUAAUGGAUAUCUAUAUCGUGGUUGUAAUCUCUCUGAGGAACAAGUCAGCCAAUAUCGCAAUGCUGUUUCUAUGAAAGAAUGGAAAACUUGGCGCAGUUUUACGUCAACAAGUAAAAAUCAACAAGUCGUUGAAAUCUUUGGAGUGAAUACAUUAUUCGUAAUUAAUGUUAAAGAAAUAGGAAUAUCCUCGAAUCGUGCUUUUAAUAUUCAACAUAUAUCACAGUUUCCAGAUGAGGAAGAAGUUCUUCUACCAGCUGGUGUUUUAUUUCAAAUAGUAGAUGUUCAGAAAGAUGAAAACACAAAAAAAUGGAUUAUACAUUUACAACUAUAG